CAAAGUCUCUAUUCCUAUCUCUCUCGGAGUACGUUUUUUUAGACCCACUUCUAACGCAAAGUCACUAUUCCUAUCUCUCUCGAUUUCGAAUUUCUCUGUUCGGUUUGCGUCUUUCUCAGUUCACAGUCAACCAGAAGUCAAGGCUUUCUUCAACUCCGAUCACCACCGCCGUGAUCGCCGCCAUGGAAGUCGGCGGCAGUGGUGGUGGAGGCUCUCUACCACUGUCGAUUACUGAGCAGUUUUCUACUCUCUCGGUGGGUAGUGAUGAUGAAUCCAGAGGUGGAGUGCAUGAGACAGAACAAGACCCCAGGAAAAUAGCAAGAAAGUAUCAGAUGGAUCUAUGCAAGAAAGCUUUGGAAGAGAACAUUAUUGUGUAUUUAGAAACAGGUUGUGGAAAGACUCACAUUGCUGUGUUGCUUAUGUAUAAGAUGCGCCACUUGAUAAAGAAACCCCAGAAGAACAUUUGUGUGUUUCUUGCGCCUACAGUGGCACUGGUUCAACAAGGUAAUUCUUUUGGGGGUUUUUGUUAUUCUUAGUUUGGCAUACUUUUA